AUGGCGCAGCUUGAGGAGCCCGACGAGAGCUCGCAGCCCAGCUCCUCGAAACAUGAGGAAUUGGCUUCUGGGCCGAGCAACUCCCAAAGACCACCGCGAUUGACGCGCAAUGAAAGCUCCUUCAUGGAGAAUAUGGACCCUGAGCAAAAGGCUGAAUUGACCCGCUUGGCUUCCAAUUUUCCAAGACGCCAGAGCACUCUCGAUUCGACUGUCGAUGGACCGGUUGAACGAAAGGACACCCUCGAAGGGCUGGAAAUGGGCGACCCAGUCCUUGAUCCCACAAAUGACCAAUUCGAUCACUACAAAUGGGUUCGCAUGGUGCUGAAGAUACUGGACAGGGAGGGAAUCCCUCGACCUCCUUCGACUGGUGUCGUCUUCCAACAUCUUAAUGUCUCGGGCUCAGGUUCCGCCCUACAAUACCAGAACAACGUGUCUUCAAUUCUUCUCGCCCCUUUCAGGCCACAGGAAUAUCUGCCUUGUGUGCAGCGCACUCCGGAGAAGCAUAUCCUGCGUGACUUUGAUGGCCUCCUCAGAAGUGGUGAGCUCCUGAUUGUUCUGGGACGCCCUGGGAGUGGCUGUUCAACUUUCUUGAAGUCAUUGUGUGGGGAACUUCAUGGCCUGAAGCUCCGCAAAAGCUCUGAAAUCCAGUUCAAUGGCAUCUCCAUGGAGAAGAUGCACAAAGAAUUCAAAGGCGAGGUGCUAUACAAUCAAGAGGUGGAUAAGCAUUUCCCGCAUCUCACUGUUGGUCAAACGUUGGAAUUUGCCGCCGCUGCGAGAGCGCCCGAGAACCGAGUGCAAGGCGUUACUCGACAGCAGUAUGCUAAAUACGUUACCCAGGUCGCGCUGACUAUCUUUGGCCUGUCACAUACGUACAACACAAAGGUUGGCGAUGACUAUAUCAGGGGUGUAUCAGGAGGCGAACGAAAGCGAGUUAGUAUUGCUGAGAUGGCGCUCUCCGGAGCACCUGUUGGGGCAUGGGAUAAUAGUACUAGGGGCCUCGAUUCUGCAAGUGCUCUGGAAUUCGUCAAGGCUCUACGUGUUUCGGCCAACUUAGCCGGUACCUGCCAUGCAGUUGCGAUAUAUCAAGCAUCCCAAGCAAUAUACGAUGUGUUUGACAAGGCAAUCGUUCUGUAUGAGGGUCGCGAGAUAUACUUCGGUCCAUGCGACGAGGCAAGGGAAUAUUUCGAGAACAUGGGGUGGCUUUGCCCGCCGCGCCAGACAACCGGUGACUUCCUGACAUCAGUCACUAACCCCCAAGAGCGUCAAGCACGCGAAGGAAUGGAGAACAAGGUUCCUCGGACACCAGAUGACUUCGAAAAGUACUGGAAGAACAGCCCUCAGUAUGCCAGGCUUCAGCAGGAAAUCGAACAGCACAUGAAGGAGUUUCCGUUAGGUGGAAAGCAUGAGCAAGAGUUUGGUGAAAUGAAGCGCCUGAAACAAGCGCGACAUGUUUGGUCAAAGAGUCCCUAUAUAAUUUCGAUUCCCAUGCAGGUAAAGCUUUGUACCAUUAGGGCGUAUCAAAGGAUCUGGAAUGAUAAGCCUUCCACACUGACAAACGUCAUUGGAAGAAUAGCCAUGUCUCUCAUCAUUGGCUCAAUGUAUUUUGGGACACCAAAUGCCACUGUGGGCUUUCAAAGCAAAGGAGCUGCUCUUUUCUUCGCUGUGCUGAUGAACGCUCUCAUCAGCAUAACAGAGAUAAACUCGCUUUACGACCAACGGCCUAUCAUUGAAAAACAAGCAUCAUACGCUUUUGUCCAUCCUUUUGCUGAAGCCUUUGGUGGCAUUGUGUCCGAUAUACCCGUUAAAUUCGUCUCUGCCGUGGUUUUCAACAUCAUCUUUUACUUCCUAGCUGGCUUGCGUUACGAACCAUCCCAGUUCUUCAUAUUCUUCCUGUUUACUUUCCUAAGCACACUUGCGAUGUCAGGCAUCUUCCGAACCCUCGCAGCCUCGACGAAGACACUUGCACAAGCAAUGGCUAUGGCUGGCGUCAUCGUGUUGGCCAUCGUCAUCUACACCGGAUUUGUAAUACCUACACCUCAAAUGUCCUCUAUCCCGUGGUUCAGUUGGAUUCGAUGGAUCAACCCAGUUUUUUAUACCUUCGAGGCUCUAAUUGCCAACGAAUUCCACGGCCGACGCUUCACGUGUUCACAGUUCAUACCAUCAUAUCCGACGCUGACUGGUGACUCUUUUAUCUGCUCCAUUCGUGGCAGUGUUGCUGGUGAAAGGACUGUCUCUGGAGAUGCUUACAUCGAAACCCAGUACAACUAUACGUAUGCACAUGAGUGGAGAAAUCUCGGGAUCCUCAUAGGGUUCUGGAUCUUCUUCACUGUGGUCUACUUGAUCGCAACAGAACUCAACUCGGCAACCUCGUCUAAAGCUGAGUUCCUUGUAUUCCGGCGAGGCCAUGUCCCUCCCCACAUGCGCGGCCUCGACAAAAAGCCUCAGGGAGAUGCCGGGGCUGGUAGUGUUGCCGUGGCCCACAGGUCCGCCGAAUCAGAGAAGGAUGCAUCUGCUCUUCCCGAACAGCAUAGUAUAUUUACGUGGAGAAACGUUUGCUAUGAUAUACCGGUCAAGGGAGGCCAGCGACGUCUUCUGGACAAUGUCUCAGGAUGGGUCAAGCCUGGAACACUCACAGCUUUGAUGGGGGUGUCAGGCGCCGGGAAAACUACUUUACUUGAUGUCCUGGCAAAACGUGUUUCGAUAGGCGUUGUUACAGGCGACAUGCUCGUGGACGGAAAGCCACUUGACAGUAGCUUCCAAAGGAAGACGGGAUAUGUACAACAGCAGGAUCUGCAUCUUUCUACAACAACUGUCAGAGAAGCUCUGCGCUUCAGCGCACUUCUGCGCCAGCCUAAGUCGGUUUCCAAGAAAGAGAAGUAUAAACACGUUGAGGAGGUUAUUGAAAUGCUUAAUAUGCAGGACUUUGCUAGUGCUAUUGUCGGAACACCUGGUGAAGGUCUAAAUGUUGAGCAGAGGAAAUUACUGACAAUUGGUGUGGAGCUUGCCGCUAAGCCCGCACUUCUGAUCUUUCUUGAUGAGCCAACUAGUGGGCUGGACUCACAAAGCUCUUGGGCUAUUUGUGCUUUCCUCAGGAAGCUUGCAAAUCAUGGUCAAGCAGUGCUCUCCACAAUUCACCAGCCCAGUGCGCUGUUGUUUCAGCAGUUCGAUCGCCUUCUCUUCUUGGCAAAAGGAGGGCGGACGGUUUACUUUGGAGACAUAGGAGAGCAGUCACAAACCUUACUGACAUAUUUUGAGUCAAAUGGCGCAAGGCCAUGUGGGCCGUCAGAAAAUCCCGCCGAGUAUAUGUUGGAGAUUAUAGGUGCCGGUGCCUCUGGCAGAGCUACCAAGGACUGGCCAGCUGUUUGGAACGAUAGCCAACAGGCCAAUGAUAUUCAGAAAGAAAUUGAUCGGAUUCACCAAGAGAGAGCCUCUGCCCCUGAAACUGGCAAUGACGAUGCGCAGAAAGGAGAAUACGCCAUGCCGUUCCCCAAUCAGCUGUGGCACGUAACCCAUCGUGUCUUCCAGCAGUAUUGGCGUGAACCUUCCUACGUAUGGGCCAAGCUUAUUCUGGCUACUGCUGCCUCCUUGUUCAUCGGUUUCACAUUUUUCAAACCUGAUAACAACAUGCAAGGGUUCCAGGAUGUCCUAUUCAGCGCCUUUAUGCUCACUUCGAUUUUCUCAACUCUGGUGCAGCAGAUAAUGCCAAAAUUUGUGGUUCAGCGGUCACUCUACGAGGUGCGAGAAAGACCCUCCAAAGCGUAUUCAUGGGCAGCAUUCCUUGUCGCCAACGUUCUGGUUGAGAUACCCUACCAAAUUCUCGCCGGAGUCAUUGCCUAUGCGUGCUACUACUAUCCAAUCUACGGAGCCAAUCAGGCAUCUCACCGACAAGGGCUCAUGUUACUCUUCGUCGUACAAUUCUACAUGUUCACCUCGACGUUUGCCGCUUUGGUAAUUUCCGCGCUGCCUGAUGCCGAAACAGGAGGUUCCAUCGCCACGCUCAUGUUUAUCAUGGCUCUGACGUUCAAUGGUGUUAUGCAGCCACCCCAAGCACUGCCAGGUUUUUGGAUCUUCAUGUACCGGGUCUCUCCACUGACCUACCUGAUUGCGGGUAUCACGGCAACAGGGUUACACGGACGGUCGAUUCAAUGUUCCAGCGAGGAGAUGAGCGUAUUCAAUCCUCCCUCUGGUCAGACCUGUGGCCAGUACAUGGCUCAGUACUUGCAAACUGCUGCGGGGACACUAUCUAACCCAGCAGCGACUCAAGGAUGUCAAUACUGUCAGCUGCAGAAUGCCGAUCAAUACCUUGCAACAAGUGAAAUUUACUACAGCCAGCGCUGGCGGAACUUUGGAAUAGGAUGGGCGUACGUGGGGUUCAACAUCAUGGGUACAGUCGCCUUGUACUACAUGUUCCGGGUCAAGCACUACAACCCCACUAGUCUGGUCAGAGGCGUGGUACAGGGCGCAAGGGUGGUCUGCCGCGUGUUCAAGAGACGAUCCGGACAGACGCCCAAGGGAAGAGAAGCCGAGAACGGAAAAUUGUUCUAG